AUGUUGGCUGCUUCUCUUGCCGUGCUAACUCCGUGCCGGUUGGUACCACGGCCUUUGGCGACUUCGGUCGGGCGUUGGCCCUCAAAGAGUGAGGUUGGGAAUUUCAAGAGGGUAAGCCCUACCCAGGGAACGCGGGGUCUGGUGGCGGGUGCGGCGUUGACGGCCUGCCACGCUCGUAGACGACACCGCCGGGAACCAAAGCAAUCGGAGGCUGUGUACGUGAACCUGGACAAUCCAGUCAUCGAGGAGCCUCUUGAGGAGCCCCAUGUGUCACAGCUAGCCACUGUCUUCAACAGUUUGGUUGAGAAUGGUAUGGGCGUCAUACCCACCGAUACGCAGCAUGCAUACGUUACGCCUGUGAACAGCAAAAGUGGUGUGCGCCGCAUCUAUGACAUCAAGGGCAUUGCAACGGAUGAGCGCAAACCGCUGAGCCUACUGUGUUCCGACUUGUCCAUGGCUUCAAGAUAUUGCGAUGUGGCAGCGCUGCCACGGAAGUGGUUUCAGCACAUGAAGUCGUGUCUGCCUGGGCCCUACACCUUCAUCCUGAGGGCAUCACCUGAAGUCCCGCGUAUCGUUUUGGAGCACAAGAGCCGCAACAAGGUUUGGAAACGGCGGGAGGUCGGCAUCCGAGUUCCAAACAACUCGAUUGUCUGGCAGCUGGUGGAGGACUGGAAUUGUAAUUUGGAGUGGCGACGGCGCAAUUACAUGUCCGGUCUUCUUAAUACUUCGUAG